AUGUACCUAUACAGUCUAACUUUGCAAAAAUCAUCAUGUAUAACAUGUGCUGUUCACGGUAAUUUUUCUGGUACCAAACAACAAGAAAUUAUUGCAGCGAAAGGUAAAGUGUUGGAAUUACUUCGGCCAGAUGCAAAUAGCGGUAAAGUUCACUCGAUAACGACAUUAGAAGUAUUUGGAGAAAUUCGUUGUCUUGCUCCUUUUCGCUUAACUGGUGGAAGCAAAGAUUAUGUGGUGAUUGGUAGCGAUUCUGGCCGUAUUACUAUCUUAGAGUAUAUUCCAUCUAAGAACACUUUCGAAAAGAUUCAUCAAGAGACAUUUGGUAAAAGUGGUUGUAGACGAAUUGUUCCUGGUCAAUAUCUAGCAGUCGAUCCAAAAGGAAGAGCCGUAAUGAUAGGUGCAAUGGAGAAGCAAAAACUUGUUUACAUUUUAAACCGUGAUACAUCUGCCCGAUUAACCAUUUCGUCGCCGCUUGAAGCUCAUAAAUCUCAUACUGUAGUAUUUAGUGUUGUCGGUAUUGACGUUGGAUUUGAAAAUCCGGUGUUUGCUUGUCUUGAAGUCGACUACGAGGAGGCUGAUAAUGAUCCAACAGGAGAGGCUGCUUUGACAACCAGACAGAUGCUUACAUAUUACGAAUUGGAUCUUGGUUUAAAUCAUGUUGUUCGAAAAUUCACGGAGACAUUACAAGAUUUUAGCAAUAUGCUGAUUCCAGUACCUGGGGGUAAUGACGGACCAAGUGGUAUUUUAGUUUGUUCAGAAAAUUUUAUUACUUAUAAGAAUUUUGGUGAUCAACCUGAUAUUCGGAUGCCAAUUCCCCGCCGCAGGUACGACUUAUCCGACCCUGAUCGUGGUAUACUAUUUGUUUGUUAUGCCGGUCAUAAGACAAAGUCUCUAUUUUUUUUCUUCAUUCAAAAUGAGCAAGGCGAUAUUUUUAAACUUACUUUGACGGUUGAAGAUGAUAUGGUAUCAUCUAUUAAACUAAAAUAUUUUGACACUAUACCUGUUGCGUCAUCGAUGAUUGUUCUUAAAACUGGUUUCUUAUUUGCUUCAUCGGAAUUCGGCAAUCACCAUUUAUAUCAAAUUGCUCAUCUUGGAGAUAACGAUGAGGAAACAGAAUUCUCUAGUACUAUGCUUCUUGACGAAGGUGAAACAUUUUACUAUUCUUUGCGACCACUUAAGAACUUGGUUGAAGUUGAUGAAGUUGAUAGUCUUUGCCCUAUAACUGGGUGCCAGGUUGCUGAUUUAGCUAAUGAAGAUACCCCACAACUGUAUGUAUCCUGUGGCAGAGGUCCAAACUCGACUUUAAGGAUUUUGCGGCAUGGAUUGGAGGUAACCGAAAUGGCUGUUUCUGAGCUUCCCGGUAAUCCUAAUGGUGUAUGGACAGUGAAAACAAGUGCUUCCGCGGAAUACGACGCCUAUAUUGUAGUUUCUUUUGUAAAUGCUACCUUAGUACUGUCUAUUGGCGAAAGUGUAGAGGAAGUCUCUGAUAGCGGAUUUUUAGGAACGACACCAACGUUACAUUGCUGCCAAAUUGGAGAUGAUGCUUUAUUACAAGUUUAUGCCAAUGGCAUUCGUCAUGUAAGAGCUGACAAACGUGUAAAUGAAUGGAAGGCCCCUGGAAAGAAAAUAAUAUCAAAGUGUGCCGUGAAUAAUCGUCAGGUCGCAAUUGCUUUAACUGGCGGGGAACUGGUUUACUUUGAGAUGGAUUUGUCUGGUCAGUUAAAUGAAUAUACCGAAAGAAGAGAAUUUUCUAGUGAAGUUAUUUGCAUGAGUAUUGGUUCGGUUCCAGUCGGAGAAAAAAGAUGUCGAUUUUUGGCGGUUGGAUUAGCGGAUCAUACAGUUAGGAUGAUUUCGUUAGAUCCUUCGGAUUGUCUUCAGCCUAUGAGUAUGCAAGCUUUACCAACUGUGCCGGAGUCUUUAUGCAUAGUAGCAAUGGGAAGCGGUGACUCUUCAGAAAGUGAGCAAGGCGUUCUUUCAACAUAUUAUUUAAAUAUCGGUUUACAGAACGGUGUACUUCUUAGGAGCGUUCUAGACAGCGUUACUGGAGACAUGUCGGAUACGCGCACAAGGUAUUUGGGGUCGCGACCUGUAAGACUGUUUAAAGUUAAAAUUCAAAACUCUGAAGCGGUACUUGCCAUUUCAAGCCGGUCGUGGUUAGGUUAUAUGUUUCAGUCGGUAUCCCGUCUAACCCCUCUAUCUUAUGACGCGCUUGACUAUGCGUCUGGAUUUUCAUCCGACCAGUGCCCAGAGGGUGUCGUAUCGAUAGCUGGAGAUACCCUAAGGAUUUUAGCGCUAGAAAAACUAGGAGCUGUUUUCAAUCAAAUGACAAUCAACUUGAAAUUAACCCCUCGAAGAUUUGCUAUAGAUCAGCAGAAUAGCAACUUGGUUGUUGUUGGAUCUGAUCAUUUAUGUUUUACGGAUAGCACGAAGUCCGAAAGAAAACAGCAAAUGGCAAAAGAAAUUAUUGAGAGCGCCGGUGACGAGGAAGCGGAAUUAGCUAAAGAAGUUGCAGAAUCAUUUAUGAAUGAAGUUUUACCAGCUACGGAAUUUGGUGAGCCUAAAGCUGGCAAUGGCCAGUGGGCCUCUUGUAUUCAAUUACUUGCACCAGAUCAGUCUCUUGAACUUGAUCAAGAUGAAGCUGCUUUGAGUGUGGCUAUUUGUCGCUUCGCUUACAAGCCUGAUGAAACCUUCGUCGUGGUAGGUGUUGCAAAAGAACUUAAUUUAAAUCCUAGCAGCUCGUCCGGAGGAUUGAUGAACACUUACCGAAUGGCUAAUGGACAGUUAGAAUUAGUCCACAAGACUGUAGUCGAAGAAGUACCACGAGCCAUGGCAGCUUUUCAGGGACGCUUACUUGUCGGUACUGGUAGAAUUUUAAGAGUUUAUGACCUUGGCCGAAAGAAGUUAUUAAGGAAGUGUGAAAAUAAGAAUUUUCCGUAUCGAAUCGUGACUAUAAGUAGUAUGGGUAGUCGAGUUAUUGUUGGCGACGUUCAGGAGUCAGUGCACUUUGUUAAGUAUAGAGCGAAAGAAAACCGCCUUGUUGUAUUCGCUGAUGACGUCAGUCCUAGAUAUGUUACCGCUACAUGUUUCCUCGAUUAUGACACAAUUGCUGUUGGGGAUAAAUUCGGAAGUAUCGCUAUAUUGCGGUUGUCUGAUGAUAUUAAUGAUGAGAUUGAGGAAGACCCAACAGGUGCGAAGGCAUUCUGGGAUCGUGGGCUACUAAAUGGCGCAUCGCAAAAGGCUAAUCUGGAAGCAUCAUUUUACAUUGGCGAAACUGUAAUGUCAUUACAAAAGACUACGAUAAUACCGGGAGGAUCUGAAUCUUUGAUUUACACUACACUUUCUGGAAGUAUAGGUGUUCUGUUACCAUUUACUUCUCGAGAGGAGGUUGACUUUUUCCAGCAUCUAGAAAUGCAUUUACGCUCGGAAAAUGCUCCAAUUUGUGGUAGAGAUCAUUUAGCUUACCGAUCUUAUUAUUUCCCUGCAAAGAAUGUCAUUGAUGGUGACAUGUGCGAACAAUUUAAUGCUUUGGAUGGAUCUAAGCGACGAACUUUAGCGAUGGAGCUUGAUCGGACACCCCCUGAGAUAUCUAAGAAGUUGGAGGAUAUGCGAACCCGUUACGCGUUUUAG